AAAAGAGCGUUUCCAAAUACAUCCCCAAUCCCAUCACCAUCACCCUCAAUCUCAAUUUCUUCUGCUCCCCAAAAACACAGAUCCGUAGCCUAGCCGCGUGCUUGCCAGAAAGAUCGAGCGGAAGGCGGGCAGGCCGGCGGUAGGCGCAUAGAUGCAGGGGUGAGGGCACGGGCGGCAGCGCUUGACGGGCGACGAGUAAACCCUAACGUUUCGAUCGCGGGCGGAAGCGUCUGAGCCAGUCCCCGAGUCGAUCCGCCGCCAUGCCUGUCAAUCCUCCUCCCCCGCCGCCUCCUGGGUCGUCGUCUUCGGCUCCGGCGGGGCCCAGCUACUUCCCUCUCCCUUUCCAUCUGCAGCAGCACCAGCCGCCGCCGCAGAUGCCGCCGCCUAUGGCGGCGAACAGCUACCAGCAGUACCAGCAACAGCUGCAUCAGGCGCAUCAGCUCUUCCAGCGGGACGCGCAGACCAUCACCCCCGAGGCGCUGCAGAGUGUCAAGGCUGCCAUCGCCACCAGCGACGUCCUCGACCCCGCCGCCGCCGCUAACGCCAGGCCCUCCGAUCCCUCUACCAGCAAGAAGCCCAUUCCACGCCGCGCUGCCGGACAAUCCUGGGAGGAUCCUACCCUCACUGACUGGCCCGAAAACGACUACCGGCUCUUCUGUGGAGAUCUAGGCAACGAAGUUAAUGAUGAUGUUCUCUCCAAAGCAUUCUCACGGUUUCCAUCCUUCAACAUGGCAAGGGUUGUUAGAGAUAAGAGGACUGGCAAAACUAAAGGUUAUGGAUUUGUGAGCUUUUCAAACCCUACUGACCUGGCUGCAGCAAUAAAAGAGAUGAAUGGAAAGUAUGUUGGGAACCGCCCUAUUAAAUUGCGUAAGAGUAACUGGAAGGAGAGGACAGAUGUUGAGGCUCUAGAAAGACAAAAGAAUCAUGUCCAUAGGAAGCCUAAAAUUCUGAAGAAGAGUAUUCUUCACAAGUAGAGAUAUAGAGGGUGAAGGCCAGCUCAUGGUCAUGUGCUGCUGUGGUGCUGCCUUCGAAAGAUGCUACUUCUGGAAUCUGGAAUCUCUUCACUCUCUGCACUACUCGGGGUGGAAUCACACAAGGGCUGUUGUUUCAUGGAAAUUGGCAACGAGCUGCAGCUGCCUUUUGGUCGAUGGGGUUGUGGGCUUGUGAACAUAGCGUUAAGUGCCACCCGAGGCAACUUGUGCUCCGUUUUACUGUUCCCCCUAGUACCUUCACAUGGUGCUCAUUUGAGAUGUUGGAGUUGUGUCAUGGCUACUGACUAACGAGGCCUUGGCAAGUUGGCAUUAUUAGAUGGCUUCCUUGGUUGGGAGCUGAACAAGAACCAAAUGGGAAUUUCAAUUUGGGUUUCAACAAGUAAUAACAUGACGUGUUGGACUA